CUUAACAUCACCCAUCAAGGCCUAAGACGGGUGCUUGUUGGCAAAGGCAUCACUAUUGAAGUAUAUAGUUCUGAUGAAGUCUCCCUCUUUUACCCAUAUGAUACUGGUUUCUUACUAAAUGAAAGAUCAAGUAAGCAAAAUCAGUCGAGGGGCCAUUUUUGGCCCCUUGGCCUCUCCUCAUGUGCUCCAUUGGUUUCAGUCAGAGUUGCAGGUCCUGCUUCACUGGUAGCCUACAUGGUUCCUGAUGAGAAAGCUUAUGUGGAAACCUCAUUCCCAGCCCCUGAUACAAUUGAAUUGCUGCCCAAUAAGUGUUUCAGCCAUGAGCAGGUCCAGUCAGUUUCUUCACACACUCUUUCUUCAAAGUCGGCAGUCGCGGAGAGAUUGCUAAAUAGUUUUCUGGGUAAAACUAUAUUGCAUGACCGAUCUUUGCGACUCGUAAAAACAAAAAUCAUUUCUUCGAAACUACUCAAGUUUCGAGUUGAAGUGGAGAGAAACAUCACAGAGAAUGAUAGGACCUGGAAAGAGGUUGCCAAGUGGAGAACAAGGCCAACUGUGGAAAGGUCUUGGUUUGAGAUAGUUGGCAGAUUUGAAGGAGGCAGAGAUCUGAAGCCAGUUUUUGCAAGGAUGUUAUCCAGGCCUUUGAUGAUAGUUGAAUCUGCUGCCUGGAGCCAUCUGAUGUCCAAUAUAUCGUUUACAGAGUUUCCAUCUAUUGUGGUACCUCCUGAGGCUUUAACACUGGAUAUCAAAUGGUGAGAAAAUGCUGCACUUAGUGUUUUUCUUAGUCCUUUUAUCUCUAUUUUACUGGCUAGGUAUAGUUGAACGUUUGAGAGUGGGUGGAAACCUGUUUGUUGAUUGUAUAUAGAUGUGGUAGAUAAAGGCUUCGUUUGGGACGACUUUCUUACUGUUUCUUGAAAUGACUUUUUAGUACUAAAAAGCCGCUUCAAGAAGCAGUGACAAAGUCGUCCCAAACGAAGCCAAAAUCAGGUGACAUUUAUGCUUGACAUUCUGCAGGUAAUGUUAUGCAAUUGGGAAUAAUGGAUGUCAAGGAGUAAAUGGGCCAUUGCUAUAAGAUAAAAUGUCAAAAUGUUAAGCUGUGGACCUAACAAAAAAUGAUGUAGAUCAUAUAUAACUUUAUGUGAUCCAGAAAUAUGGUUUACAAUUGUAGCUAUGAGAUCAUUGUGAGCAAAGCUUAUAUUAAUGCAAGAUGUUAUUUCGUAAAUGGACAAGUUUGAGGUAUUUGACUUUUGGGUUGGAAAGGUACACUUUGGGUUA